AUGAAAAAAGAAGAAGAAGAAGCUCAUGAAGGGAUAGUGGAAGAGAAAAUCAGGAAAUGCGGGGAGAUUCUUUGA